CAUAUGAAUGUUGGUGAAAAGCAAACGGCCAGAAAUGUCAGUUUCCAAUUGACAUUUGUCUGUUUUACUUUGUGUUUCCAUUUACUUUUGACGUUUUGAGGUUUGCACUUGACGUUUUCUACGGUCAUCGUCCGUCAUUUGCGCGAGCUGUGUGUGUUGCUUUACCAAGCUGAACUGUUUUGUUUAUUCCAACGUUUCGUAAUAAUUUUCGUCUUACUAUUUAUUGUUGGGUAGUGCAUAGUUAAUAGCUUAAAGUCUGUAUUUAUUGGUGCUGCUGUUGACCUUUGCUUUAUUUACGCGCUGCUGUUGCUAAUUCAAAAUUAAUUAACAAAAACAAAAUGUGUUCAAUUAAAACGGUGCUACAAAUUUUACUAAUCUGUGUCGCGUUGAGUGGCACAACGUUGGCGAUUAAUUGCUAUGUCUGCGAUGCCUCAGACACGAAAACACCCUUCCAGUGUGGCGAAUGGUUCGAGCGCUUCGACGAUCCCGACAUACAGCCACAGAACUGUUCCAAUGUCCAUGAGGCCAAGUAUUGCAUCAAGCAUAUUGGACGUUACGAGGGUGGCAUUGGUGCGAAACGUUUCUGCUCUUCCAAGGAUUUGGGCAACUAUUGCGAUUAUGUGAAGAACAAAGGUGAUCGCAUGGAUUAUCGCUCGUGCAUCUUUACCUGCGACACAGAUGGCUGCAAUGCAGCGGGCAGCUUGAGACCAUGGUUAGCUGGCGUGGUUGGAACUUUACUUUUGGCAAGCUUUUGGCGUUGUUGAGUAAGGUGGUCACCAAGCUUUGAUGCAGUUCAAUAACUCGAAAUUUUUAGUUUUAAGUCUUAAGGUUCCAAAACUCUGUAAUUAUCUCCUAUAUAUAAUUAACUUUUGGUCUGUAAAAGCAAGUGCCUUCUAUUCUACAAGUUCUACGUACAAAUAGUUUACAUGCAUAAAACAAAAUUAUAUUUAAUUUCCUUUUGAAAUAAAAUGUUUACUUAUGGAAAUUUA